CGGGAGGGGAUGAAGGAGGGGAAGGGAUGGGGAUGGUGAGAAUCCAGGACCUGAAUUCCCAGCCUGGCCAACCCUUGCAGCUAUGUCUGCCCUCGAGAGCAGGUGCUUCUUAAGGCCAGCAGGAUUGGGGGAGUUGGGGUGGCCCAAGGCUCUUUUCUGUUAGAGCCCUGGUCCCCCUACCUCCACCACCUAUCCCUGCUCAAUAGAACCCCUGGGUGCUGAAUGACAGGAGCCCCGGGGUGUCCCAUAUGGGUAUGGCUGGCUGGGUCACUAACCUCUGUGAUCUGCUCCCUCCCUCUGCAGAUCAUGCGGAUCAAACCUCACCAAAGCCAGCACAUAGGAGAGAUGAGCUUCCUACAGCACAGCAGAUGUGAAUGCAGACCAAAGAAAGACAGAACAAAGCCAGAAAAAAAAUCAGUUCGAGGAAAGGGAAAGGGUCAAAAACGAAAGCGCAAGAAAUCCCGGUUUAAAUCCUGGAGCGUUCACUGUGAGCCUUGCUCAGAGCGGAGAAAGCAUUUGUUUGUCCAAGAUCCGCAGACGUGUAAAUGUUCCUGCAAAAACACAGACUCGCGUUGCAAGGCGAGGCAGCUUGAGUUAAACGAACGUACUUGCAGAUGUGACAAGCCAAGGCGGUGAGCCAGGCUGCAGGAAGGAGCCUCCCUCAGGGUUUCGGGAACCAGCCCUCUCACCAUGUCACCACCACACCGUCAUCGUCACCAUCGACAGAACAGUCCUUAAUCCAGAAAGCCUGACAUGAAGGAAGAGGAGACUCUUCGAGGAGCACUUUGGGUCCGGAGGGCGAGACUCCGGCAGAAGCAUUCCCGGGCAGGUGACCAAGCAUGGUUCCUCGUGGAACUGGAUUCGACAUUCUCUUUUACUUGCUGCUAAAUCACCAAGCCCGGAAGAUUAGGGAGUUUUAUUUCUGGGAUUCCUGUAGACACACCCACCCACAUACACACACAUAUAUAUAUAUUAUAUAUAUAAAUAAAUAUAUAUGUUUUAUAUAUAUAAAAUAUAUAUAUAUUCUUUUUUUAAGUUAACUUUGCUAAUGUUAUUGGUGUCUUCACUGGAUGUGUUUGACUGCUGUGGACUUGAGUUGGGAGGAGACGAUGCCUCCUCGGAUCCUGAUAGAGGAGACAGUAGGAUGAAAGACUCUGGUGUGGUCUUUCUCAGAGAGGCCGAAGUCCUUUUGCCUGCCAGGGCACGGGGGCACACUGGCUCACUUCCAGAAACACGACAAACCCAUCCCUGGCCCCUGUCAAGAGGACAGAAAGAUGGCAGAUAAAGAGACAAAGACGCUGGUUCCAACAGGAGUUCGGGGAGCUUCAGGACAUGGCCUGCUUUGUGGAUUGCCACUAAAUGCUGCAGGAGCAUCCUGCCCCUCUGGGCACUGCCUGGAAGAAUCAGGAACCUGGCCAGCCUUCAGCUCUCUCGUCCACUUCCGAGGUGCCCAGGAGGCCUCCCACAGGUGUCUAGUCGGUGGAAGAAGAGGCCUGGGGACGGCUCCUCCUCCUGGGAACCCACCUCUCCCUACCCCACUUCCUGGGUACGGCCCAGGGGAACCUUGUGUGCUCAGACCAUUGAAACCACUAGUUCUGUCCCCAGGAGACUUGGCCGAGUGUGAGUGGCUAACCCUCCCCCAUCCCAUCCCUUCCCGAGGCACAGAGCAGUGGGGCAGGACCCGCAAGCCCCUCACGGAGGCAGAGAAAAGAGAAAGUGUUUUAUAUAUGGUACUUAUUUAAUAGCCCUUUUUAAUUAGAAAUUAAAACAGUUAAUUUAAUUAAAGAGUAGGGUUUUUUUUCAGUAUUCUUGGUUAAUAUUUAAUUUCAACUAUUUAUGAGAUGUAUCUCUUGCUCUCUCUUAUUUGUACUGUUCCGAUUUUAUUUUUGUUUUUUUGGUUUUUUUUUUUGGUGUGUGUAUGUGCGUGCGUGCGUGCGUGCGUGCGUGCGUGUGUGUGUGUGUGUGUGUAAAAUCUGUGUUUCCAAUCUCUCUCUCCCGGAUCGGUGACAGUCACUAGCUUGUCAUGAGAAGAUAUUUAAUUUUGCUAACACUCAGCUCUGCCCUUCCCUUGUCCCCUCCACACAUUCCUUUGAAAUAAGGUUUCAAUAUACAUUUACAUACUAUAUAUAUAUUUGGUAACUUGUGUUUGUAUAUAAAUAUAUAUAUAUAUAUGUUUAUGUAUAUAUGUGAUUCUGAUAAAAUAGACAUUGCUAUUCUGUUUUUUAUAUGUAAAAACAAAACAAGAAAAAAUAGAGAAUUCUACAUA